AUGUCCCUUCUGAUCAGGGAACUUGAUGUGAACCCAGAUGCCUGCUUGACGGCUCUGCUGGCUGUCCGCAAGCUCCUAGAGGCCGUCUGUCCCUCCAGCCCUACCUCCUCUGGCCAUGAAUACCCCACUCAGCUGCUUGGCAAGGGCCUUCAGUCAUCCCUGUGCCCACCCUUUCCCUUGGCCUGGGCACUCCUCCUGCCAACUCCACCUCUGAGCUCUCACCCAGAGGGCCGUGCACCCUCCCACUCCCGCUGCCUUGCCUGUCACUCUCUGCACCCAGUGCAAACCUCCUCCAGUGGUCUCCUGGCCCAUCAGCCUGUCAUGGGCUGGAUGCCCAAAUGCAGGGCCAAGCUCAUGCACCUGCUGCUUAUGAGCUUCAGUGGCUGCCUGAUGACCUCAGGGGAUCUGAGCUCCUUGGCACAGCAGCCGAGGUCCCCUAUGCUGGCCUCAGCACACCUGCCCGGCCACGGCAGACAGCAUCCUCAGUCAUGAGAAGUCUGUGCUUCUGGAACCUGGAACAUGCAGGGCUUUGCAGACAGAGCUCCAUGCUACUUCCUCUGCCCUUCUCACUCCCUCCAAAAUCCACACUGCUCCCCCGUCACCACCUGUGCCCUCCUAAUUCCAUCAGCACCCAUGAGCCACUCACCAGCCUUCCUAACUCCAUCAGCCACCUUCCUAAUUCCUUAG